GAUUUUUGUAUGGGAUCCAGUGUUGAAGGGAGUCAGUAAGUGGAACGAGCUGAUGGAUGAUGUCAAGCAACGUAAGAUUAUUGAGCAACUCCAGAUGGGAUCUGAAAUGACGGUGUAUCAGAAAAGGACUGAGAGAAUCACUGUUCAGGUCAUUAUGGAGACCAUGCAAGUGGCUUUAACACGCUCAGGUGACAGGAUAGUCAAAGUGGUGGACAUUUCUGAGCUCAAGGAGGUUCGCCAGUGGGAGACAUUCAAGGAUUUCCAGCGAUUUAACGAAAACAGGGGGAGUGCAUUUCGAAGAAUUUUUUGCCAAUCUGAAAAAGACGUUCAACAGGACAGGAAAACCUGUUUCACCAUCUUCUAUGGAUCUGAUUUUACUUUAAAGUCACUGAGUCUAAAUGCUCAUUCAGUGGAGGAUGCGGAAAAAUGGCUGACGGGACUGGAGUUACUCAAACAGGAGACACUGGCAGCUCACACACCAGUUAUUAUAAAGAGUUGGCUGAGGAAACAGAUGUAUUCGGUUGAUCUGACAAAGAAAAACAGCAUCACCCUAAAAGAGCUCAAGUCUCUUUUGCCACAGAUGAACUUCAAUGUGCCAAGUGGACGUUUUCUGGAGGACAGAUUUAAGGAGGUUGAAGCAAAUGAUUAUGUCCUCGAUUUUCUGCAGUUUCACAAAUUGUAUGAAAUUUUAAUAUUUGAAAACCAGACAUUGAGGUUACACUAUAAAUCAUUCAUUUGCCAUGCAUUUCUCUGCAGUAAUAUUGAUAGACCUGACUCUUCUGUAGUUGCCCUCUACGAUUUUCAAAAUUUUCUUUUAUAUCAACAGAAGGAGGCCUGGGCCACAGAUUUAAUUAAGGUACAAAAUUUAAUGACCAUCUUCAUCGAUGACCCCACAAGGAGGACAAAAGAUCCAGCCUUUACUAUUGGAGAGUUCCUCAGUUUUCUCUUCUCUAAAGAAAACCAAAUUUGCGAUGACAAGUUUUCUGAGAUUUGCCCACUGGACAUGAACAAUCCUCUGUCUCACUACUGGAUCAACUCGUCUCACAACACAUAUCUGACUGGAGAUCAGCUGCGUAGUGAGUCUUCAACAGAAGCGUAUGUGCGCUGUCUGAGACUGGGCUGUCGCUGUAUUGAGUUGGACUGCUGGAAUGGUCCAGAUGAACCUGUUAUAUUCCAUGGUCGAACCAUGACCUCCAAGAUAAAGUUUAAGGAUGUGGUGAAGGCCAUCAACAAUCAUGCUUUCGCAACAUCACAGUAUCCUGUGGUUCUGUCUAUAGAAGAACACUGUGAUAUCAAGCAACAGAAAAUGAUGGCUCAGACAUUACGAGAUGUUUUCCAGGACAAGCUCCUGACUGAACCUCUAGAUCCAGAAGCAGAACAUCUACCCUCACCAAACCAGCUAAAGGGCAAGAUCAUCAUCAAGCACCAAAAAAUAAAAGAGAAUGACCACACCAUUAAGCCAGAGGAAGAAGAGGAAAACACUGCUGUGAAAAUAAAAUUAGACAACUUCAGGAAAAUUGCAAACACUUACAGGGAGAAGAUAAGAAAAUCAAAAGAAAUCAGUUUAGUGGAGAAGGAGGGAGAGCUUUCCAUCUGGGAUCCAAUAGAUAAGAGGUUUUACAAGCAUGACUGUGUAAUCUCAGAUAAUAAGCUGUAUUAUUCUGAAGAGAAGUGGGAAGAACAGAGUACACAGAUUAAGGACAGUUCAGAGCUGCACCUGUCAGAGCCCUGGUUUCAUGGACGUUUGGCCGAGGGCAGAAUAACUGCUGAAAAACUCCUGCGUGAUUACUGCAAAGGGACGGAUGGAAAUGAUGAAACCUUCCUGGUGCGGGAGAGUAACACGUUCAUUGGAAACUACUGUAUCUCCCUCUGGACACGUGGGAGAAUUCAGCACUACAGAAUCUUCUGCUUCCCAGAAAAUGGUCACAAAAUCUUCUUCUUGAAAAGCAAAGAGUGCUUUCCUAGUAUGUGUGCCUUGAUCGAUUAUUACAGACAACAGAGUAUCGACUAUGACAGAUUCAACUUGUGCCUCAAGAAUUUCUUGCCACGGCUAAAUUUCGAGCCUCUCCACCACAUGGGGUGGUUUUACAGUAACAUGAGUCGAGCUGAAGCUGAAGACUGUCUUUUAAGGAUCCCUCGAGAUGGAGCCUUCCUCAUCAGAAAAAGAAACGAGCGUGACACCUUUGCCCUUUCCAUCAGAUCUGAAGGUGACAUCAAGCAUUACAAGAUUUUCAGAAAAAGCAGUAAAUAUGUGUUAGCAGAUGCCUAUGAGUUUUUUAGUCUUGAGGAUAUGGUCAGCUGUUUUAGAAAUCAGCAAUUCGCCGGCAAGACAAAACUACGCUACCCGGUAACGCCACAGUUAGUGGAGCGCUUCUGUAUGGAGGAUCUCUCAACAUACGAUAGUGAGCAGGACAGUGAGGUUAUUGAAGAUAAUCCAUUAGGUGAUCAAUGUAAAGGUGUGGUGGACAUAUUGAAAUGUAAUGCUGCACGCAAAGCCAAACAUGGCAGACCCCUUGUAGUGACCCUGUUGAAUAAGGAGAACCAAAAGCUAACUGAGUUCACAUGUGAGAUCGUGGAGCAGUUGGACGAAUGGUACCUGGUCAUUCUGAACAUCAUCCAAAGAGAGCAAAGCUUGGAGAAAUCGAGAAAAGCAGAAGUGGAGUCUAAAACCAAAAUAGCCAUUGAGAUGUCAAACAUGGUGGUUUACUGCCAAUCUAUCAAAAAAAAGACCUUCGAAAAUUACAACUACAAAGAGGUCCGCUCACUUCCAGAUAACAUAAUUCCAAAAGAGGGGAAUGAAAGUGGCAUGGAGAAAUCAGACUGCAUUUUGGAGUACAACCGCACAGCACUGACCCGUGUUUAUCCCAGUGGAGCCAGAGUUGAUUCCUCCAACUUUGACCCCUGUCCUGCGUGGAAAUUAGGCUGCCAAAUGGUGGCUCUUAACUUCCAAACGGAUGAUAACUUUAUGCAGCUGAACAGUGCUCUCUUCAGUCUGAAUGGAGGUGCAGGUUAUGUGCUUAAACCAGAGUGGAUGCGAGAUCCAACCAGGAGGAAGCCUGCAAAACAAAGCAUCAGAAUCAGAGUGUUAGCAGCCAGACAUCUGCCCAAUCCAGACCACAUCGUCAGUCCGUUUGUCCAGGUUGAGUUGUGGCCAAAUUCAGGUCAAGCUGAAGACUACACUUUCAAAACUACGCUCUUUAAGGAUAAUGGACUGAAUCCAGUGUGGUUGGGCCCAAUGAAUCCACCCAAAUCCUUUGAAGUAAAUGAGCCAGACUUGGCCUUCCUGCGCUUUGUGGUUUUCGAAGAGGACAUGUUCUCUGAUGCCAAGUUUCUUGCACAGGCCACUUUUCCUUUCAGAUGUAUUUGCUCAGGUUAUCGGUCUGUCCCACUGAAGAACAGGUUUAGUGAAAAUCUGGAGCUUGCAUCUCUUCUGGUGCAUGUACAGCAAUAUGAGGUGUAAAGUAAACACGCCUUAACCACAAGGAACUAGCAGACCUGUCAGUGUGUGAAAAUGCUGUAAAGCAGGAUGUGGUUUUUUGUCUUCUGCUUUUUGGAGGCCACAUUCCAGGUUCUGGAUCAUCACAUACAUAUGUUUUGCCUUGAUAAACUCAGUAAACUGACUUAAGUUGCGCAUGCAGGAAUAUUUCAAUAGUUUUAAUAAAGAAUUUUGGCAGAAGUGUAGCAC